AUGGCUGAGGUGGCCGGAACUGCGAUUGGAGUUAUCUCCUUGGGCAUUCAGGUCUGCCAGGGUCUCGUCUCCUACUAUCAGGCCUACCGCGGUCAGGAUGAGAAGAUCCGCAACAUUCUUUGCCAUGUUGAAGGGCUCAGCGAAACUCUAGAGGUGGCUCACGCGUGUCUGACUAAAGCGAACCCUGCUCGAUUUGUUGCGAUAUCUCAGGCUGUGAACAGCAUAAUUGCCUGUGCCGAUGCCAUCCAUGGGCUCGAACAACUCCUUCAGAGAUGUCGUCAAACCAUUUCACCCACAGCAGCUGGACCAGAGCGCAUCCAACUCGCACUCCGCAAGGCCGCGUUUCCCUUUCAACAAAGCACAAUCCGAGACUUCUCAGAAACGGUCAAGGGCUUACAGGCCAAUGUGUCGCUUGCCCUGCAGACUCUGCAACUGGAAGCUAGCGGCCAUCUCCUCAACGACACAUCUGAGGUCCUCCUUCGCACGGUCUCAACCAGCCACGACAUUUCUCGCAUCAGCCAUGAGCUGAAUGAUCUUUCUGAACAGCUGGGGGACAGCCAUGGGAUAAUGAAAGAUGUCGCAAGCGAUACCAGUGCUGUUGCUCAAACACUGCGGCGGGAGCUUCCCCUCGUCUCCCGGAAAACAUCACAGGUUACGUCCGAAAUAGGCGGACUGCGCCUGUCGAUGUCGUCGGUCGAUCGGCAGUUAACUGUGCUAGGGCAAGAGGUCAAUUCUGGCUUCUCUGGCCUCGAACAAAGGCUCGACAAUCUUCCUGGGGCGUUUGAGCACCGAAUUGUGGCAGUGAUUGAUUCUUACUUCGCAGAAAGGUGUUACUUGGGUGCCAAGUCGUCACUCUCUGCGGGGUACAUAGCAAAACAAGAGUCUCAGGUCCAGACGGAAAUGCUUCGAAAACCGAGCCUGCUUCGAUCUGUGGGCGAUAUCAUCCGAGCCGAGGAACAGGAGCUGGAGAAUGAUUAUUCAACUUGCAGCGAGUUUUCCAGGGACAACCAUAUUGCUGUGGUGCCGAGGCACGCAGUAUUGCCUGCAUGUUCUUGCAGGAUCGGCAAAUCAUAUCGAUCUUGGACGCGGUCAACGAGGUUUUGGAACCUGUCUCGAGCGGAUUCUGUCUCCCGUAUCCACAAAACCGGAUGUCCCCUGGCGUUCCAGACAACCACUGCGACCGUCUUAGCAGCAAAAUAUUCCUACAGAGACCGCUUCAUAUCACGGCUACUGUCGUUUUCUGUCUCGAUCAGUUAUGGAGCCGGCGGUUUGUCCAUCAGUCCCUCUCUUACUUUUCGCGCAACAGUAUCAGAUUCGUCCCCAGCAUUUUCUCUUUUGACCUGGGAUUCAUAUCAUGCCUUCAAGGAGGGAUCAACGGGAUCCUAUUAUGAAUGGGUGGCUCAGGAGCUCCAUCGUCUCUUCAGUCAGCUGAAAGCUUGCCCAACCGACGUGAAUGAAAAGGGGCAGACUUUAUUACAUGUCAGUGAAAGGGAGAAGGCCAUGGGUCAUUGGCGACAGCUAAUUUUCGAUGUAGACCGUAUUUUCAAUGGG